AUGUCCUUUUCCGUCCAGGGACGAACUGCUAUCGUGACUGGGGCAGGCUCUGGUAUCAACCUGAGCUUCGCCAAACUCCUCUUGGAAAAAGGGUGCAACGUCCUGAUCGCUGACCUGGCACUUCGGCCUGAGGCGCAGGCGGUUGUUGAUACUUAUAACAAGAGCCCUCGGGCGGUCUUCCAAAAAACCGAUGUCACCGAUUGGAAGCAGCUGGAGAGAUCGUUUGAAGUGGCGGAGAAAGAGUUUGGGGAAAUUGACAUUGUAUGCCCCGGGGCUGGGGUCUAUGAACCGCACUGGAGCAACUUCUGGCGUCCCCCUGGCACAGCGGACAGCCGCGAUCCGCCCGACGGGGGCCGAUAUGCUUUGGUGGAUAUCAACUUGACGCACCCAAUCCGUGUGACCCAGCUCGCUAUCGCCCACUUUCUUCGCCAUCGCGCUAGCCAGCGACCCAGGCACAUUCUCCACAUCUCCAGUAUCGCUGGUCAGAGCCCUGCCUUGGGCACUCCGAUCUACGUAGCUACCAAACACGCCAUCAGUGGCCUGGUCCGGUCGCUCGCCCAGCUGGACACGGCAGUUGGGAUCCGCGUGACUGCGGUGGCACCAGGUGUGAUCAAGACUCCUCUGUGGACGGACCAUCCCGAAAAGCUUAAGAUGGUGGACCCGGCCGCCGAUGAGUGGGUAACUUCCGAGGAGGUCGCCGAGGUCAUGCUGGCCUUAAUCCAACAAGACCAGGUCAGCGAGAUCAUUGGCGACACCAAGGGCCAAGGGCCACAAUUUCCCGUCAGCGGAGGAACCACUCUAGAGGUUUCAAAGAAGGUGCGACCGGUCACCGCGUACAAUGACCCGGGGCCCCACGGCCGAGCAGGAAAUACUGCAUCAGACAAAGGAAAGCUGGAUGACGAGGUUUUCGGACUGCUGUCUAACCCAAGAUGGGGGGAUUCGAAACUAAAUGGAGUACGAGGGAAACGUGAUGCCGGGUUUCACGGCCAGGCCAGCUUUCUUAGCUGUGUGAUUAAUCUGGUCAACACGAUCGUUGGCGCCGGUGUUCUUGCCAUGCCCCUUGCCAUGUCGCAUAUGGGAAUCGUCCUCGGCGUUGUGGUGGUCUUGUGGUCGGCGACAACAGCAGGGUUCGGACUAUAUCUCCAGUCGCGGUGUGCGCGGUACCUGGAGCGAGGGACCGCCUCGUUCUUCGCCCUCUCACAGAUCACGUACCCGAAUGCCGCUGUCAUUUUCGACGCUGCGAUCGCCAUCAAAUGCUUCGGCGUUGGCGUCAGCUACCUCAUCAUCAUCGGAGACCUGAUGCCCGGUGUGGUCCAAGGAUUCAUUGGAGGGGAACCGGAAUAUGAUUUCUUGCUGGACCGGCAUUUCUGGGUAACCGCUUUUAUGCUGGUUGUCAUCCCCCUCUCGUAUCUUCGGCGAUUGGACUCCCUCAAGUACACGAGCAUUGCGGCUUUGGUCUCGAUGGCAUACCUGGUGGUUUUGGUGGUUUAUAACUUCGUGGCGGGAGAUAUGGUGGCCGGUCGAGGCCCGAUUCGUGUGAUCCACUGGGCUGGCCCGGUUCCCAUGUUGAGCAGUCUCCCGGUCAUUGUUUUUGCGUUUACAUGCCAUCAGAAUAUGUUUUCAAUCUUGAACGAAAUCGAGAACAACAGCCACUUCAGAACAACCGGCGUGGUUCUCACCAGUAUCGGAAGUUCUGCUGCGACAUACAUUCUGGUCGCGAUCACCGGUUAUCUCACGUUUGGCAACAACGUUGGCGGCAACAUCGUGGGGAUGUAUCCACCAGGCGUAUGGGCCACGAUCGGACGUGCGGCCAUUGUCAUUCUCGUCAUGUUCUCCUAUCCCCUGCAGUGCCACCCCUGUCGAGCCUCGGUCGACGCCGUCUCGCGCUGGCGACCGAAGUCUACGAAUAGCAACGAUAACUCCACCAACCGACACCCGCUCCUGGGGGCCAAGAGCAACCGACCGGUUGAGCCGAUGAGCGACCUCCGGUUCUCAGUGAUCACCACCUCCAUCCUUAUCCUCAGCUACAUUGUCGCCAUGACCGUCUCAUCGCUGGAAGCAGUGCUUGCCUACGUUGGUAGCACAGGAAGCACGAGCAUCAGUUUCAUCCUCCCGGGACUGUUCUACUACAAGAUCUCGUCCCCCGACUCCCUCCACCACCAGCGUCUGAUGAAAGAAGACGACGAAGCGGCAGAAACCAUGGUCUCCGACGACGACCUCAGCGACGACGACUUCGAGAGCGCUCAGGUCCCACUCACGGACGGCGGUUUCUUCGGCCGCAACUCCCGCCACUGGCGCCGGGGCUUACUGCGGAAACUGAGUCUAGCGCUCGUGGUGUACGGGGUAGUUGUCAUGGUCGUGUGUCUGGUUACGAACUCGCUCUUUAUCGCGUCACAUUGA